CUCUCAAGGCUGGCGUCUAGCCCCGCGAUUUCCAGCGUCCCGCUUCGACGCGGUGGAUGAGGCGCGGGCGUUUUGCCCGUGGACGGCUACGGGAGGGGUGGCAUCUGACCCCCGGCAUCAGAUGUGAUCGCCGUCGCCUCGUGGGCGUGAAAACGCUCGCGACGUGGGCACGCGACUCCAUGCGAUGAACCUUCGCAGCCUCCCCGAGGUUGGUUGGUGGCGUCGGCCGCCUUUGCAGCUGAGACGCUGCCCCGUCUGACCCCCAGAGCCCGGCAUGCUGACAGCCUGGACGGUCUAGGCCAGGUUGGGGUUACAUCCUGCAGCUGUUUCGCUGUUUCCCGAGUAGCCCAGCUUGCGCGCACCGUUGCGGGAGGACAGACUGUGCGUGCACCGUGAAGUCUGGAAGGGAGGGGCGUUUUCCAGAAAAAGGGCAGCGGCAGCGCAAAAAGCCAAACGCCCACGGCCGGCAGAGGGAUAGCAGAGCACUCUAGGUUAAGAGGGUGGGUUGAAUACGUGUGUACCUAAUUUCCCCCCCUCCUGAAAUCUCACUAAAAGUACAGCAAAGGGAUUUUCAAAAAGGCGCACACCCACAAGGAUGAAGAAAAUGCGACAGGAAACAACAGCAAUAAGAUACUGGGCUCCAGAAAGCCCAAGCCUUAGCAGAUCAGCUUAAUUCUAAACCAGCAGCAGGGAGUGCUGGGGGAACAGUUCUAUGUCAGAAACAGAGUCUUCGAAAUGUGCAGAAGGUGGCAGCGAAAGGAAUGGCGCUGGGGAUGGAUGUGGAGGGCUGUACCUCGGUGAAACGCGCCGGAGAAGUAGGUAGACCGCCGGCGCUCUCUCCCCGUGUCACAUCGUUGGAUUCUGCUUCUCUCCCAUUAGAAGACUGGAGGCUGGUCUCUUGAGAACGUAAAGCAGGAUCUUUGAACCAGGGGACCCCGGGCACAGUUACUAGGCUCCCUUUAUGAAAACAGGGACAAUGAAGAUUGAAGUCCAUCAUCCCCCAGUUUAAACCCCAGAACUUUCUGCAGCCAGUCUGAUACCCUUCAGGCUCAAAUAUGAGAAUUCUGCACACGCGCACACACGUGCGUGCACACACACACACACAUAAAGGGAAAGAUAUACACAGUAAGUUAGUCACAGUGGUUGCUUCUGGGAAGGGAAAGGAACAUUGUGGCUGGGGGAAAAAUGGGAGGAGACUUAACUACUGUUAACUGUUUUAAAAUUGUGUACCAUGUGCGUAUGUUACCUAUUCAAAAAUGAAAUGUAUUUCUUAAAAAAUAAUUGUAAGUGAAUACACCCUUUGACACAGGAAUUUCUCUUACAGAUAUGUCUACACACAUGUGAAAAUAAUGUUAAGUACAGUGCCACUCAUUGCAAUAUGGUUUUAGCAAAAGAUUGGAAACAAUCUCAUUUUAAUUGAUAGAUGGUUGGUAAAAUAAUGUACAACGCUUCCUUGGAAUAUUCUAUAGCCAUAAAAAAAACAAGAAGCUUGUUGUAUAAGGAAAUGAGUAAUCACCAAGAUACAUAUGGGGGGGGUUCAGAAAAGUAGGUCACCAGUUUAUAAAAAGCAAAAGAUGUGUGUGUCUGUAGGUAUAUAUAUAAAAUAUCUGAAAGAUAGCAGAAUAUUGGUUGCCUUUGAAGAGAGGAUCUGGAUGGUAAGGCAAAAGUGGAAUGAGGGAGAGACUUUCCACUGUAUAUUUUUGUACCUUUUUAACUUUGGACCAUGUUAUUAUCUAUUCAGUGAAUGAAUUAGUAAAUGUUAAUGGGAAAAAAGAUGAACAAUGGAGAUCCUGACGUUGAUGAUAUCCUGAACAAUAAAAGAUCUCAUACUAUAGGAAGGAAUGCUGCAUAACAACCCUGAAAUCUCUGGCUCCCUGCAUUUCAUGCUCUUGGUUCUUCAGGGAGAUGUCCUUUGCUUCUCAGAUGUAAUGCACUUUAAGUUUGUUAUUCAACAGUGAAAAUGAGUCAUACAGAGGUUAAAUUAAAAAUACCUUUUGGAAAUAAAUUACUAGAUGCUGUUUGUUUGGUACCUAACAAGAGCUUAACAUAUGGAAUAAUUCUUACACAUGGAGCAUCAGGAGAUAUGAAUCUUCCUCAUUUGAUGUCACUGGCAUCCCAUCUUGCAUCUCAUGGUUUUUUUAGCCUGAGAUUUACCUGUAAAGGCCUUAAUAUUGUACAUAGAAUUAAGGCAUAUAAAUCAGUUUUGAAUUACCUAAAGACCUCAGGAGAAUACAAACUUGCAGGUGUUUUCCUUGGAGGUCGUUCAAUGGGCUCAAGAGCAGCUGCUUCUGUAAUGUGUCAUACUGAGCCAGAUGAUGCUGAUGAUUUUGUUCGAGGUCUCAUUUGUAUUUCCUAUCCACUGCACCAUCCAAAGCAGCAGCAUAAACUUAGAGAUGAAGAUCUCUUUCGUAUAAAAGAUCCUGUACUGUUUGUGUCAGGCUCAGCAGAUGAAAUGUGUGAAAAGAACUUGUUGGAGAAAGUGGCACAGAAAAUGCAAGCUCCUAAUAAAAUCCACUGGAUUGAGAAAGCGAGUCAUUCCAUGGCAGUGAAAGGACGGUCAACAAAUGAUGUUUUCAAAGAAAUAAAUACACAGAUUUUGUUUUGGAUCCAGGAAAUCACUGAAAUGGACAAGAAAUAAUUGUCUGUAGUUACAAGCUAUGUUAUUUUGAAUACAAAUACAGUUAAUUUGUUAAAGAACAACAUACCUCUCGGCAUUAUGAGAUACAUUUCAGACUAAUUUAAUGUACUUUAAUGUUCUCCCAUUUUUAAAACACAUUUUAAUUGUGAAAUUAAUGCCCUUUACAAAGUGUCUUUUGAAAGCACUGUUAUAGUUGUAUAAAGAUGAUGUACAAAUAUUGAAGGUGGUCUAAAUAUAAUUUAUUUUCUUUAAUAUAGUUAAGUUUUGAAAAAUUAAACAUUGAAUUUUGUUACAACAGAA